AUGUGGAGAAAAAUACAAGAGCCCAAUUCGAUGUCUGAACCAAUACAGCUGCGAAAUUUAAAACAAUUAUUGCAUAAAAAUAGAUGCAAGUGUAGAAUUUGUGUUCAAUACCAGUCAUUUACUUUUCUAAACGAGGAUAAGGAACUACAAGUAAAGGAUGAAGAUUCUCCUAACACUUUUUCUACAGCUAAAUCGGGUCUAAAGCUUCGAGGUAUUAGGUCUAUCAAUGCGUUGAAUUCAAUUCAUUCUUGUAAAGAUAUAAUGUGUCCAGGCUGUUUUAUGGCCAUAAAUCUACUGCACCAAAAGUAUUUGAAAGAUGAGACGUCAGAAACUAAUCCCUAUAUGUUUAAUUGCGAUAAAUCAACUGAUAAAGUUAUAUUUCAUUUGGAAAAAUCUACGUCCGCCACUAACAAAGUUCUGCCUGUCUUUAAAAAAAUCAACAGUGUAAAUGAUGAACAUUCUAUCGACGACGCACGUUCAUCUGAAACUCGAAAUGAUAAAUUGAAAAAGGAAAAAGUUACUUUCAUAGAGCAUCAAGAACAUCCUCAACCACAAUCUAUUAGUGGAGACUGUUUAUGCAUAGAACAUUUUAUUAAUUCCAUAAGGCCACCGUUUAUAAAUCUAGAUAUG